GUUCUUCAUUCGCUUUCAACAUUUGUUAGCCACAAUUUUGAUGAAAAAUUUUUAGAAUAAACUACAGGAUUCCAUGCUGGAAUAUUCUCUCAGUAAAUGUGCUGGUAAGUCAAUCUGGUAAUUUGCAAGCAUCUGCGUAACCUUUGAGGUCAUAAUGUUUUGUGAAAUAUUUCAUGUUUACUCUGUAUGUAUCGUCAUUAUCACGUAUGUAUUUCGUUAUUGUAGCGCUGAUGUGCCAAUUCAUACCAGAUUGUACGCCAGUUCGUAUGUGAUAGAUAUUCACGUCACGAUUUUCAUUAGUCCGCAAACAUUUCUAGCGAUUAUGAACUUGGCGAACGUUCAGAAGGACAAAUUUUUUUUUUACAACCGGACGACUGUUGCGUUCCUUUUUCUAUUGAGUAGCAGCCUGAUUUGAACGAUUUGUGAAUUAAAUACAUCCAAAAUUUCCAUCUACUUUUCAAUUUUUUUUAGGCAAAAUCAAUUAUGCAUAACGGUAAUGUAAUAAAAAUAAAUUAAAAAAAAAAGCUUUCCACUGAACCUCGAUUCAAUGGGUUAUCAGUUUGUUACGUCAAACUCGGUCGACAACUUGAAAUAAAUGCCCAAGCUAUAUUUGGCAGUGGUUAAUAAUGCAGUGUGCAAUCUUCUGUUGCAUAUUUCAUAAAAGAUACCCGAUAUGUUAUCCGGGAAUUCUCAUAAUGAGUAACUUGUUGCCUUCCAGGUGAAUUAUACGAGGAUAAUGAUUAGAAAUGACUCUUGUAAAUUAGAACUCAAAUUAGCUAAUAAAUUAGCUAACCGGGAUGUUAUAAUAUUCCUCAAAUAAUCAAAUAUACAUACAUAAUUAAUAUAACAAUCAGAGCAGUUUAUAAAAAAAAGUUCCUUUUCACGCUAACGCGAGUUGCUAAAUUAUUUCUAUAAUUCCAAUAAAAUGAUAAAUUAAAAUUUUAAAAUUUAGUUGUCUAUCAAAAAAAAUGCAUGGAUCAAUCAAAAAACAAGAUAAUUCAGUUACAUUGAUUCCAGAAUAACGUUGCAGGUUUUCAUAACUGUUUUUUCCGCCACCCGCUGUUUGCGCUAUGGAAAGUCUUUGAAUAUUUCCUUUCUAAGUUCAUCGCUUCUUCUUUAACAUUCCAAGUAUAACUGGCAAUUGAGACAAUUAUAGUAUAUCAAUAACCGACGAUCUUCCUCCUUCUUUGUACACUCAUAUUACACAAGUGCAUCCAUGAUAUCUACACGUAAAAUCCCCUUCCAAGUGUCCUUCCUGUAAGAGACCGAUGUGAAAUGUGGUGACAUGGUAGUGGUAGUACAGUUUAUAACUGGAGCUCAGUGAGUCUACAGUUGUUCCUUAAACCACUAAAUAGUAUGCAAAAGAAUUUGAAAUUCAAAUUUAAAUCUAUAUUAAUACAUUACCCCGGAAUUUUAUUUAUUUAUUCCUGUUAAUUUUUUUCAUUUAAUACAUAUGUUUUAUUCAAUUUCAUACGGCAAAGUAUAGCAUGUUCAGGGAUAUAACUGAAAUUCCUAUGGAAUCCGAUUUGUGAACAGUGUUUUUUUCCUUCUUUUCUUAACAUAUAUCCAUGUGCUACUGAUAUCAAAAUUUCAUUUUGGAUAAGAUGCUGGUUUCAUUGCAAAAAUGGAUAAUAGACAAACGAUAUUUUGGAAGAACCUGAUACUUGGUGAUGAACAAACAAUAUUCGAAAAUGUGCAUAACAACGUCGUUGGCGAUGGUAAUUCAGAGGGGAAAUUAUUAUCGUUCAAGAAGUAUACGAGGUAUUUAUCAAACCCAGAUAAAAGCAACGGCUCCGAAGAUUUCAACGAUUCUGGAGAGGCAGCGUGCGAGGCGAACGAUUUCAUGUCACGAUUUGUGAAUUAUAAAUUGGCAGUAAUUGAGAAUCGCGCUGUGUCUGGACAAAAACACUUUGUCCAACGUUCGGUGAACGGUGUCCUUGAUGAUAGUAUUAACCCCACGCGGUUAGUCAACGCUCGUUGUGAUGCCGAUAACAUAUUUAAAAAAACCAACAAAACUAAAAGAAUAGGACAGCGAAGACCAAGAAGCGGCCGUAUCAAGCAUCAGGGUUCCAAAGAGUUUGAGGAACGACUGUCUUCGUUUAAUGGCCGCCACCGUCAUCGCAAAGGGCAUGAACACCGUUCAAGAUGCUUGCUUUGUGUUUCCAUAAAAAAAGGUUACAAAAAGGGUUUGAAAAAUCGGAAGAAGCGAAGCAAGGUCUUGAAUAACAAUGUGAUGUGUGUUUUUAAUAGAACGUUUAUAAUAAAAGAGUGUAGUGUAAUUGAUUAUCAGGCUAAGGUAUCUAGACCUGUUUCCAAAUCUACGGUGGAUCAGAUUCCACAGAAGGGUGAAUUCACAUCAGGGAAUAAAAAUUCACCUCUGAAAAAUUCUCAGAAGAAACGCCGUGUUGGAACAGUCGAGAAUCCUUUCUCUACUGAGCUGUCCAUCUUCCGUUCUAUACAAAAUUUGAUUCAUCACUUUUCUAACAUUCUUGAGGUCAAGAAAUCUCAAUUGAGAAAUGGACCGCUGGAAACUGUUGAUAAAUUAGACCACAAAAGUCUGGCAUCUUCUUCAAAUCAUUCUCCAAGCAACAACGCAAAGCAACAUUCCAAAAUGAAUGAGAAUAGAACCAAUGAUGACACGCUAGUCGAGGGUAACAAAAAUUACGACCAUUUAAAACUCACAAGAUUUCCAAUAGUACGAACGAACAACAAGAGUCCUCAGAGUGACGAAGGCAUCGAGCCGGAUCCUGACCAGAAAAGAGGCUUUGUUGCUAGAUGCUGGAGCCUCGAUUCUGCAAUACCCAGUGACGACGAUAACUACCAAAAUAUCCAACCUCCGAAUGGGCAGAAGGUACGGGUUUCCAGAUGUUGUAGCUCUGACAGCGCGGUGCUGAGUGACGACGAUCAAAGUAAAGCUUGGGGGAGUUCAAACGUGAACGAGGCUGCAGAAUGCGAAGCUGGUGAUAAAGAUGAUGGGCAGCCGAGGUACUGGAGAACUCCUAGUGUAGUGGUUAGUGAUUUUUCGGAUUAUUCAUAUCUGGAAGAGAAGUUUGAGAGGAAUAAUAUAGAUGAGAAAUUUGAUGGGAAUGGUGGUCCGAGUCAAGCUAGCAGUUGUUCCUGUUUCGAUUGUGAUGAGAUCAAACAAAAUACUGAAAAUUCCCUGUCGUUGGACUUCCAUCUGCUCCAAAUAUGCCGCCACAGACGUCAUUCUGACUCGUGCUGCUUGUGUGUCGGCUCCAAACACAGCAUUACGCAAAGCAAUAUCAACAGAAGGAAUUCGUGUUUAGCUUCGCCAAGCCCAUAUUACCCAAAGUUAACACGCUCCGAGGGAAACUCUCCAAAUUCCGAAGCUUCUGGGGUCCUCUUUGAAGAUAGUCGUAGUAAAAGCCAAGUUGAGUUACUGGAUAUUCCGAUGUGUCGUAAAAUCUCCGAUUGUUCAACAAACUCAAGUCUCAGCGGGGACGAUUGUGAAAUCAGUGAGCUCCAACCAAUCAGGCAUCCAAAAACCUCCGGAUGGCGAAAGCUCAGAAAUAUCGUGCAGUGGACGCCCUUCUUCCAAACCUAUAAGAAACAGCGUUACCCAUGGGUGCAGCUGGCAGGACAUCAAGGAAAUUUCCGCGCCGGCCCGACCCCGGGUACGAUAUUGAAAAAAUUAUGCCCUCAGGAGGAAUCCUGUUUCCGUUUGCUAAUGCGCGACGUACUGAGGCCAUACGUCCCGGAAUUCAAGGGUGUUUUGGACGUGAGAGAGACGGAGGACGGCGGCGAACAAGACGCGGGUGAGACCAUCGAUCCCGAUACGGAUAAGCGUAGGGAGACCGCGGUGGAAGGCGACCCGAGGAAAUCGAUCAUGGCGUCUUACCUGCAGCUGCAGGAUCUCCUCGGGGAGUUCGAACAGCCCUGCGUAAUGGACUGCAAGGUCGGGGUCCGGACUUAUCUCGAAUCGGAGCUCGCCAAGGCAAAGGAAAGACCGAAGCUGCGCAAAGACAUGUACGAAAAAAUGGUCCAAGUCGAUCCGACCGCACCUACGGUCGAGGAACGUCGGGUACAGGGCGUUACGAAACCGAGGUACAUGGUGUGGAGGGAAACCAUAUCCAGCACUGCAACGCUCGGAUUUAGGGUCGAAGGGAUAAAAAGGGCUCAAGGAGGCUCCACGAAGGAUUUCAAGACCACCAGAACCCGCGAGCAGGUUACCGAAGCGCUCAAGCGUUUUACCGAAGGUUAUCCGCACGCCGUUCCAAAGUAUUUGCAACGGUUGAAAGCCAUACGAGCAACGCUGAAGGCUUCGACGUUUUUCGCGACACACGAGGUCGUUGGAUCGAGUCUGUUGUUUGUCCACGAUGCUACAGAUGCGGGAAUAUGGAUGAUUGAUUUCGCUAAAACUCUACCACUUCCUUCGCAUUUAAUGAACAUACGUCACGACGCCGAAUGGCAGGUUGGAAAUCACGAAGACGGUUAUUUAAUUGGCGUUAAUAAUUUAAUUGACAUAUUCCAGGACAUACGUAAUUCCGAGAUAUGAUUAACGUUGCCAAUUUAUAACUAGUUUAAACCAAGCUUUCUUUUCCAUUUUUUUUUUGUUUUUUUCUCGUUCUGUCUCGUUCGCUUUCCGUACAAAUCGACGCGUGCCGAUGCGAUAGGUAUAUAGAAAUCAUCCUAAAAAUCAAACGACUAAUUCACAUCUGCGAUCUACGGAGUGUUAUCUUUUGUCAAUUGAGAAAAGGUGGACACUUUUUUUCUGUUCAAGAGUCUUUGUCGACUGCGGAAGUUGAGUGAAAUCUUUUUGAUUUCUUUUACAUUCGAUGACUGGAAUUUUGAAUCGGCAACGAUAUAAUUCACGCCACGUUUCGAGGUCGUGCGGAUUUGGAGAUAGAAAAAAGUAAACGAAAAGAAAUGAGAAGAAAAGAAAUUUCGCCACAGUUUAAUAUGAAAUUAGCGACUGUUACAAUCGUAGCUUUCAAAUCUGUUAAACGCACAGUUUAUGCAUUUAUGCGUAGAAUUACAAAUGAAUAUACGAAUUUCGAAACGAGGAACGAAUAGCUGAAAUAUAUCGACGAAAGCAAUAGCAAAGUGUUCCGAAUCACUGCCGCUGAUAAUAAUAGAUUCUUCACGUUUCGAAGUUUGUCUAAGAAAUAGACCAAAGACGCGGCAAUCUUCUGCUGCCUAGAUAGAUUUUUAGUUAUUUACUAUUAACGAAGCGUCGGGACUUCUGAGCGCGUCAACUAAUUUAAUGAUCGAUCAUACGUAAGCCUAGGAUUUAUUUAAAUGACUUGUGUAUUUAUCUCAUACGAUAAAUUUCAACCAGGCAGUGCCUUUUUAUACGUGUACCCACCAUGCAUUUGUAAAUAAAUCGCUACUCAAUGAUA